GCUCGGAGAAGAGCAUUGAGUCCGUUUACCAGCUGUUUGCUACUUUGUUCAUAAAUACAGCUCCGGGUCUUGUAGACCUUGGGGUAACUCAGGGACCUCUGUUUAACUUGGUCUCAGGUAUUACUGCUGCUAACUGGUUGUAUCUGCAAGCGAACCAACUGUGCUCUGAAAGUCUACUUUACUGGAUACUGUACAUCAAGAGUUCCACUAAGGAUUGACUGUCACUUUAUUUGGGAUAAUUUUUGGCACAAUUAAUUUGGAGUACUACCGAAUCUUCAUUUAGGGAAGAUUGUUUCUCCUCAAGGAUGUAUGAGCUGCAGCUGAUGCUAUUAUAGCAAAGAGUUGGAUUGUUUAGCUUGAUCCAUCAGACCUGGUUGCUUUCCAUUCCUGGCAAAGGUUUGGGUUCUCAGCGCAAUGGUAACACACAGUAAAAUCAAUGGGAUGAACAGUCCAUUAAAUGCCACCUCCUGCUUCUCAUACCACUUCAAAGCCUUUACUUCUCCAAAGGAGUAUAACCUGGUGAUGAAUGCAGUGAGAAAACUGCAAGAGAGCGGCUUCUACUGGAGUACAGUGACUGGUAAGGAGGCAGAUACCUUACUGCAUUCUGAGCCAGCUGGGACAUUCUUGAUAAGAGACAGUUCUGACAAUAAACACUUCUUUACUCUUAGUGUAAAGACAGAAUCUGGCACCAAGAACUUGAGGAUAGAGUGUGACAGCUGUUUCUUUUCCCUGCAGACAGAUCCCAAGAGCACACAGGCUGUCCCCAAAUUUGACUGUGUUUUGAAAUUAGUCCACCAUUAUAUGCCAUCAAAAUGUUCAGAAUCAGGUGACAAUGGAGGCAAAAUGUACUACAUCUACUCUGGGCGCGAAAAGAUACCAUUAGUCCUGUCUCGACCUUUGUCAUGUAGCGUUUCUACUCUGCAACAUCUGUGCCGCAAAACUGUCAAUGGACAUCUGGAGGCAUGCAGUAAAGUCGAGCAACUACCUUCACCAAUCAAAGACUUCUUGCAACAGUAUGAUGUGCCGGUAUAGGAGAGAGAUGUACAUGCAAGGAGGAGCGAGCUCUGAAAUGUGAUCAGCGAUGCAAGGCCACAGAUCACUGAGAGGAAACGAGCACUGUACUGCAUACGAGGAACAAGGAGAGAGAGAGAGACAGAGAGUGUGAGGCAGCAGUAGAAGACUGUGUAAGAUGUAACUGUGUGCCUUUUGAAAGGAAUGCUAAGGGUUGGCACCAAUUCAGAUAUCGUCAUCUAUUCCACUCUGUAUAAAGAAGCAGGUUUGGAGGCUGUGCUGGACCUUUCCUUUCACAAUCAAGACUUCAGCCACCUUUGUCAUUCAGUUAUAUGGACUCCUUAGCUAUGAGUGUAUCUUUCUCAUUCAGCUGGCACUGUAGUUUUUGAUGAAUGAGAAAAUUGACUGCUAGCCCUUCCUCCAUAAACUAUGAAGACUACUAGUGUCUCUCUUUAAGUAGAGUAACUGGCAAUGACUUUUUCAGAAGUAUGCUGCAAACUUGGUAGCUAUGAUGUUAUAUUAAGUGGCUGGUGUGACUUCAGUUUGUAACUUUUGGAGACGAAUUGCUGUGACCAAGCUGAAGAAGUUUCGUAAAGCUGUGGAACUUCCCACUUCACGCUGGUGCAUGAUUUAAUGACUUUAAUUUCCUAUUAAGGGAAGUGAGGCAAAUGUAGUAUAAUUUUACAUUCUUAUGAAUGCACCAGUGCUGCUGUUCAAAAGUCUAAAUAAAAUAAUCUUUCCGAAUGUAGUACAAUGUAUGGCCAUGGCCUUUGUUUUCUGUUGGCUCUUUGGUCAUUGUUAGUUGCUUUCUCUUAUGAAGGGGGUAUGGAAAUAACACAAUUUUAACAACAGCCUGCCUUACAGUGUAACUUUGCACUAAGGGAAAAGUACUGUAUUAUCACUUUUAAACGCUGACUGUGACCUGUUUUUAUUAUAUGUCACAAACAGUUAUCUAAAACAUCAUAUAACAAAGUCAACCCUUUCUUGACUGCACUUUGUGUUCACUGGCUCAUGAUUUGGGUGACCUUUUGAAAUCAGUGUUCUCUCAUGUUUGGGCUAGUGUUCACAUUUCAUUUUGAUGUUUACAAUGCUACAGCUAGAUUAUUUUAUCUUUUAUAAAGAUUCCAUCUGUUAAGGCAACCUUGUGGGUUGCAAGACCACGUGCUUGAAUAUUACUUACCAAAAAUAAAAAAAAAAAUUGCACACAUAUUUAUAUUUAUGAUACAAAGAACAUUUCAGUAAUUUAAUAAAGACUAUUAUUUUUUAAGAGA